AUGAUCCUCCGGUUUGUGAGUAAAGAGGGCCAGUUUCGGCUCACUGUCGACGCCGCGACCGCGUUUCCCGAUAUCAUACCCCAGCUUGCAGAGAAGCUGCCCGCCAACGUCGACAUCUCCAGCAUUACCGUCAGCAACAAACCGCAUGGUGGUGAUGCACGCCAGAUAAACACCCUGCGGGGCGUCACCUUCAAGCAAGUCGGCCUGAAACAUGGCGACCAGCUCUUCCUCGACUUUCAGGAGCAGUCCAACAUCUCGAACGGCCACUCCGCAGCUCCCACCGGUGUUGCCCGCUUGAAUGGCAAACCCGUCGAUUCUUCAGAAGUACCUUCCGUUCCUCUCGGCUCGCCUACACAAUUGAUCAAAAAUCCCUGGGAGGUGGUCAAGCAGUCGCCGCUCGAUGAUAGAUUAGACAAGCUCGAUGGCAAGAUACCGCGCAAAUUAGACCAAAAAAUGUGCCGGCACGGACCCAAGGGCAUGUGCGACUACUGUAUGCCACUGGAGCCGUACGCGGUGGAGUACCUGGCGGACAAGAAGAUCAAACACCUCUCGUUCCACUCAUAUCUCCGAAAAAUCAACGCAGGGAAGAAUAAGCCGGAGAGCGGAACUUCGUAUAUGCCGCCGUUGACCGAGCCGUAUUAUCGCGUGCGGCCAGAUUGCCCGUCAGGUCACAAGCCGUUUCCUGAAGGUAUCUGCACAAAGUGCCAGCCCAGUGCCAUCUCGCUGCAGCCUCAGGAGUUCCGUAUGGUAGACCACGUCGAGUUCGCGUCGUUUGAUUUAGUGAACGAUCUGCUCAACUACUGGAGGACCACCGGAUGUCAGCGGUUAGGCUAUCUGUACGGACGGUACGAGGAGUAUCCCGAGGUGCCACUGGGAACAAAGGCUGUAGUGGAGACUAUCUAUGAGCCACCUCAGGUCAACGAAGCCGACGGAAUCUCAUUAGGCGAAUGGGAUAACGAGAAGGAUGUUGAUGAGUUGGCACGGCAAUGUGGGCUGCAGAGGGUGGGCGUCAUUUUCACUGAUCUGAUUGAUGCUGGAGAAGGCGAUGGCAGUGUCAUCUGCAAGCGCCACAUUGACUCCUACUUUCUAUCAUCUCUCGAGAUCGUCUUCGCGGCACGUUAUCAGGCGAAAUAUCCUCGGCCCACCAAAUGGAGCGAAACGGGCAAGUUCGGAUCGAACUUCGUGACUUGCGUGGUGAGCGGUGAUGCCGAGGGACAGAUCGGGAUCGCAGCGUAUCAAGCUUCAAAUUCAGCUGUCGAGAUGGUCAAGGCAGACAUCAUCGAGCCGUCUGCAGAGCCUUCAGUCAUGCUCGUGCAAUCAGAAGACGACAACGAGGCGCUCAACCGCGCACGAUAUAUUCCGGAGGUGUUUUAUCGAAAGAAGAAUGAGUAUGGAGCAAACGUGCAGGAAAACGCGAAACCUGCUUUCCCCGUUGACUACCUUCUCGUCACUUUAACACACGGUUUCCCCAACCAACCCAACCCUCUUUUCACAGGACCCAACUUCCCUAUCGAGAACCGAGAAGCUAUGGGCGAGGCACAAGAAUUUGGAUCGUUAUCGAAGGCGCUCAACGCGAAAGCAAACGGGCUGGCACUUAAUACCACCAGUGGGCUGAAAGCCGUCUCGAAUUUCCACCUCCUCUCCUACAUACAUGGCCUAGGCAUCCUCGCAAAAGACGAAGAAGCUCUCUUGGCCAAGGUCGCCUCAGAGCACGAUCUGUCAGACGGGCUACAGCUGCAGCACUCAGGUGGCUGGGCGACAUUAUUGACAAUCCUCAAGGAAGCUGGUGAGCGCCCCCCGAAACGCCUCCUCGGGCGGAGGUCAUCGAAUGGCUCCGACUCCGAAUCAAGUAACUUAGCUAAGAGGGUCAAGGGGGUUAGCCUGAAAGGAGGAUAG